AGCUCACCUCCGCUUUCCGCAGCGCCGGAUCCUCUGGGACGCCACUUAACCACCACCGGCGCCCGCAUCUGGACUUGGCUGGCGAGAUACUUUGUACCAAAGGGCGCGGGACCCGGGGCCAUCGAGGUCGUCGGGACCCAGGAUACAGGGAACAUGGAAACCGGCAUGCCAGCCUUGGAGCACACCAGCUGCUCCAGAGGGACUCUGCGGGUUUGUUGCGUUGAAGAUGCCGGAGACACUGAGGCUGUGCAGGUUGCAGAUUGUGAGAGCCCUGAAGACAAUCCACCCCAAAACGAGCCAGGCUACUGCAACCCGGAGGACUCAGGGCUGCUGAUGGCUUCCUAUGAGGGUAAAGCCAGGGGCUACGAGGUGCCCCCCUUUGGCUGGCGCAUCUGCCUGGCUCAUGAGUUUGCUGAGAAGAGGAAACCCUUUCAGGCCAAUAACAUCUCCCUAAGCAACAUGAUAAAGCACUUGGGCAUGGGCUGGAGGUACAUACAGUGGUGGUACCGGAAGACCCAAGUAGAGAAGAAGGCACCUUUCAUCGACAUGUUCAAUUCUAUACCCCUGAGACAGAUCUAUGGUUGUCCCUUGGGUGGCAUUGGGGGAGGUACUAUCACCCGUGGCUGGAGAGGCCAGUUCUGUCGUUGGCAGCUCAACCCAGGAAUGUACCAGCACCGGACAAUCAUCGCUGACCAAUUCACAGUGUGCUUGCGUCGGGAAGGGCAGACUGUGUACCAGCAAGUCCUGUCUUUGGAGCGGCCAAGUGUUCUGCGCAGUUGGAACUGGGGCCUGUGUGGGUACUUUGCUUUCUACCAUGCCCUCUAUCCCCGAGCCUGGACUAUCUAUCAGCUUCCUGGCCAGAGUGUCAUCCUCACCUGCCGCCAGAUCACACCCUUCUUGCCCCAUGACUACCAGGACAGCAGCCUGCCUGUAGGAGUCUUUGUGUGGGAUGUGGAAAACGAAGGGGAUGAAGCCCUGGAAGUGUCCAUCAUGUUCUCCAUGCGGAACGGACUGGGGGGCGGGGAUGAUGCCGCAGGUGGUUUGUGGAAUGAGCCCUUCUGUCUGGAGCAAGAUGGGGAGACUGUACGGGGGCUGCUGCUGCAUCAUCCAACCCUCCCAAAUCCCUACACAAUGGCGGUAGCUGCACGACUCACGGGAGAUACAACGGUAACCCAUGUCACAGCCUUUGACCCUGAUGGCACUGGGCAGCAGGUGUGGCAGGAUCUACUUCAGGAUGGACAGCUGGACUCCCCUGCUGGCCGAAGUCCCCCCUCACAGAAAGGAGUAGGCAUCGCUGGGGCUGUGUGUGUUGCGGGCAAGCUGCUGCCUCGAGGCCGGCGCCGCCUGGAGUUCUCACUGGCUUGGGACAUGCCCAGGAUCAUGUUUGGAGCCAAGGCUCAGGCCCACUACAGGCGGUAUACAAGGUUCUUUGGGCAAGAUGGUGAUGCAGCACCUUCCCUCAGCCAUUAUGCACUGUGCCGAUACGCAGCUUGGGAAGAAAGGAUCUCAGCCUGGCAGAGCCCAGUACUGGAGGACAGAUCCUUGCCUGCCUGGUACAAAUCUGCACUGUUCAAUGAACUGUACUUCCUGGCCGACGGGGGCACCAUAUGGGUGGAAGUUCCUGAAGACUCCCUACCUGAGAAGCUGGCGGGGGGCAUGAGUCAACUCUACCCCAUCCUUCAGGAAUACGGUCGAUUUGGCUACCUUGAGGGCCAGGAGUAUCGUAUGUACAACACAUAUGAUGUCCACUUUUAUGCUUCCUUCGCCCUUGUCAUGCUUUGGCCCAAGCUCGAGCUCAGCCUGCAAUAUGACAUGGCUCUAGCCACUCUCAGAGAGGACCUGACACAGCGACGGUACCUGAUGAGUGGGGUGAUGGCACCUGUGAAAAGGAGAAAUGUCAUCCCCCAUGAUAUCGGGGACCCAGAUGAUGAGCCGUGGCUCCGGGUCAAUGCAUAUAUGAUCCACGAUACUGCUGACUGGAAGGAUCUGAACCUGAAGUUUGUGCUGCAGGUUUAUCGGGACUAUUACCUGACGGGUGACCUGGACUUCCUGAAGGACAUGUGGCCUGUUUGUCUGGCCGUGAUGGAGUCUGAAAUGAAUUUUGACAAGGACCAUGAUGGACUCAUUGAGAAUGGAGGCUAUGCAGACCAGACCUACGAUGCAUGGGUUGUCACAGGGCCCAGUGCUUACUGCGGAGGGCUGUGGCUGGCAGCUGUGGCUAUGAUGGUCCAGAUGGCUGCUCUGUGUGGGGUACAGGACAUCCAAGAUAAGUUUUCUUCCAUCCUCAGCCGAGGCCAGGAGGCCUAUGAGAGGCUGCUGUGGAAUGGCCGCUAUUACAACUAUGAUAGCAGCUCCCAGCCUCAGUCUCAUAGCAUCAUGUCUGACCAGUGUGCUGGCCAGUGGUUCCUGAAGGCCUGUGGACUAGGAGAAGGAGAAACUGAGGUAUUUCCUACCCCACAUGUGGUCCGUGCUCUCCAAACUAUCUUCGAGCUCAAUGUCCAGGCCUUUGCAGGAGGGGCCAUGGGGGCUGUGAAUGGAAUGCAGCCCCAUGGUGUCCCUGAUAGAUCCAGUGUCCAAUCUGAUGAAGUCUGGGUGGGUGUGGUCUAUGGGCUGGCAGCCACCAUGAUCCAGGAGGGCCUGACUUGGGAAGGCUUCCAGACAGCUGAAGGCUGCUACCGCACCGUAUGGGAGCGCCUGGGCCUGGCGUUUCAAACCCCCGAAGCUUACUGCCAGCACCAGGUGUUCCGCUCGUUGGCCUACAUGCGGCCACUUAGCAUCUGGGCCAUGCAGCUGGCAAUUGAACAACAGCAACAGCGUAAAAAGGCCUCUAGGCCAAUAGCUGAACAGAGCACAGGCCUAAGCACAGGGCCUAAAUUUGGACCAAAGAAAGUCACAACAAACCUGAGCCCAGAGUGA